AUGGCUUCUAUCUCCACAUUAUCGUCGCUACAUGACUUGGUUACCAGGUCGACCAAGCUUCCAAACAAUACACGAAGGACAAGCAACACCUUCCUGGAGUCUACGAAUAUCACACGGUCCCUUACAGCACUCUUACCGGCACCCCCACUGAGCAAGUCCUUGCCACAAGGGCUGGAUGUCCCGGAAAUGAACGAUAUUACCAACAUCAACGACUUCCUAAGCACCAUACGGUCUCGAACAGCUGAUCUCCAUGAAAAAUGGAAUGCUUCUGAAAUGUCACGAGUGACGACCAAGAGUAAUCUGAAGGGGUUGAUGGAACAUCAAGAAACACUACAAGCAGCCAAGUUGCUAUGUAGGCUACGAGAACAUGGUAGUUUACCACACCAAAAGCAUCAUCGGCCGUCGUCCAGACACGUAUGGAAUCCCUCUCAACCAAUAACAUGCCUCGAAGCCGACCCAGCGUUUGAACGCUAUCCUGCUCCUUCCUUGCUUUCCAUUUAUAAUACCAUGACACUUCAAGAAACAAAAAUGACAUCGUCGUCAAACCAACUCCAUGACGAAGACGAUUGCUGUGAAGCAUGUCAAGAGAGUUCAGGCGACAUUGAUAUGGAUCUGCCCGAAGAGAAUGAACACAUUAGAAUGCUCUCCCUCGCCUGGGAACGCUACUGUGCUGCAAAGGGCAUGGCCUCAUCAAAUCCUCACUUAUUUAAAGAAGAAUUGACUCAUGUCGUCGAAACCGUCGAAUCUGUUGCUUCGGCCAUUUGCAAAGACCCUGAACAGAGAGCUAUACUGGGCCGAACCGAUAUAUGGCCUAGUCUUAGUAAGAUGCUGAUAACGAUCCGCAACGAACUGUUUUCCAUCUUCAAUGGUUUGGGCCAAGCUGGUGUCGAAUGCCGGCACAAGUCCUGUCUCAUCAUUGCCAUAACGGGUGCCCAUUUUAAGCUUGUUAGAAACUUGUGUGCCUCAGUUCCAUACAACCAGAAUUCAUCAUGCCAAUAUCGAAUUUAUAUACCCAUCGAAGAAAUCAGCACAUAUUUAUGUAGCUGGUUGAUAUCGACAACAUCCCCAUGCCAGAACCUCAAACCACACGUUUUGGCUUGUGUGCAUUACGGUUUCCAAACUCUCGCCAACAUGAUGACUUGUAAUUCCAAUGUCUGCAAUCAACUGUGGCCAUUCAUAUUCAAGGAGUCGGAUCUAGUCAAGCAAUUACUAAAAAUCAAGGACACGAAACUGUCUAAAUUGAUUGUUAUGUGGAUCUUCAACUGUACCGUUAACGAUGCUGCCCGUAGUCAGUAUUUGACUAAUACCAAGCUGGGGCAAGAGUUGACUAGAAUGAUGUUGGAAAUGUUGACGUUGUCCUUGAAACCUGUUGCCGAUCCCGGGCUGUUGGAUAGCAUCAUCCUCGUCUUCAAUAAUAUGAUCAAGUUGGGCUUAACUCGGGAUAUAAUGGAUAGUAUAAGUCGUAUGAAAGGACCUGGACCAAGUCCAACGCUAUUAGAUCCGGUGCAUGUCACCUUUUUGAAAGUGUUGGACGAGUAUAUAGAAACCAAAGUCAAUGAUGAUACCACCACCCUUCCGAUCUCCUUCGAUACCAUGUCAUUCCUAGCCAAAGUGAUAAACAAAUUAUUAGAUCGAGCACCGGUAUUAAUGGCACCAAUGCCUCCGCAGUCAGAUGCUUCAUCAACCGCACGAUGCCAUGAACCAAACAUACCCGAUCGGGACGGUCUCGGUCUAUUAUUACGAAUCAUGAGUAGAUUGACUCUGGUAUUGAGGAGUGAAGAUAAAUCACGACUCAUGUUGAAGGGAUUGGUAGAAUCUGUCCUUACGUUGCUCAAGAUUGCCGACGAAUAUCUGCCUAGACAGACGCAGGCACCCUCUUCGAAUACGUAUGGUUUGACGGCUCUCAACCAGGGCUUGUAUAGAUUCAAAGUGAACAUUGUCGGUGUACUGGGCAAUCUCUGCUACGAGUGUCGGGAGGUGCAAGACGAGAUUAGGAGACUGGGUGGAAUACCGUUAAUACUGUCUCAAGCUCAUAUUGAUGAUGCCAAUCCUUGGCUAAGAGAGUAUACUAUACUGGCCAUUCGGAAUUUGCUAGAGAAGAAUACAGAAAAUCAACAGGUUGUGGCGUCACUUAAAGCUCAGCAAGUCGUUGAUCAGGAAGUGCUGAAACCGACAGGCUUACAUGCCUUUGUGGACUCUGAGGGACGAGUAAAAGUAGGAUCUGCCGCAUCGUCAUCAUCAUCAUCAUAA